CGGCCCCAUUGUGGGCACGCUCGCAGCCCAUUGGCUGCCGGCCGCGGCCGGGCCUCGCUCCCCGCCCGCUGACACAAAGCGGGUCCAAGAUGGCGGAGGCGGGCGCGGGGAGCCCGCACGGCGGGGACUCGGCGCCGCCGGGACCGCCCGAGGAGCAGGAGCUCAGCCGGCGCCUCCGCCGCCUCUACCCCGCCGUCAACCAGGACGAGACGCCGCUGCCGCGCUCCUGGAGCCCCAAGGACAAGUACAACUACAUCGGCCUCUCGCAGGGCAACCUGCGCGUCCACUACAAAGGUCACGGUAAAAAUCACAAAGAUGCUGCCUCGGUCAGGGCCACUCACCCCAUCCCUGCAGCCUGUGGCAUUUAUUACUUUGAAGUGAAGAUCGUCAGUAAAGGUAGAGAUGGGUACAUGGGAAUAGGACUUUCUGCUCAAGGAGUCAACAUGAACAGGCUUCCUGGAUGGGAUAAACAUUCUUAUGGGUACCAUGGUGAUGAUGGGCACUCCUUCUGUUCCUCGGGGACAGGGCAGCCCUACGGCCCCACGUUCACCACUGGAGAUGUCAUUGGCUGCUGUGUCAACCUUAUCAACAACACCUGCUUCUACACAAAAAAUGGCCACAGUUUAGGUAUAGCCUUUACAGACCUCCCUUCAAACCUCUACCCUACUGUGGGUCUCCAGACGCCAGGAGAGAUCGUGGAUGCCAACUUUGGGCAGCAGCCCUUUGUGUUUGACAUUGAGGACUACAUGAGGGAGUGGAGGGCGAAGAUCCAGAGCACCAUUAAGCGGUUUCCCAUAGGAGACAGGCUGGGAGAGUGGCAAGCCAUGCUGCAGAAUAUGGUUUCAUCAUAUUUGGUUCACCACGGCUACUGUUCAACAGCAACUGCCUUUGCCAGAGUCACAGACACCACAAUCCAAGAAGAACAGACCUCAAUAAAGAAUAGACAAAGAAUACAGAAGCUAGUAUUAGCAGGCAGAGUGGGAGAGGCUAUAGAAGCCACCCAGCAGCUCUAUCCUGGCCUCCUAGAACAUAACCCCAACCUGCUCUUCAUGUUAAAGUGCCGGCAGUUUGUGGAGAUGGUGAACGGCACCGACAGCGAAGUGCGGUGCUUCAGUGCCCGCAGCCCCAGAUCCCAGGACAGCUACCCCGGGUCCCCCAGCUUAAGUCCUAGACAUGGAUCAAGCAACUCACACGUUCACAGUACUGGAGCAGAUAGUCCAACCUGUAGCAAUGGAGUCAUGUCCACAAAAAGCAAACAGAGUCACAGUAAAUACCCAACACUGAGUUCAUCAUCUUCAUCUUCCUCCUCCUCUUCCCCUUCAUCUGUGAACUACUCUGAGUCCAAUUCUACAGAUUCUACCAAAUCUCAGCAGCACAGUAGUACGAGUAAUCAAGAAACCAGUGACAGCGAGAUGGAAAUGGAGGCUGAGCAUUACCCCAACGGAGUCCUGGAAAAUUCAUCCACCAGGAUAAUGAAUGGCACCUACAAACAUGAAGAGAUCCUGCAGACAGAUGAGUCCAGCAUGGAAGACAGCUGCCCCCAGAGGCAGCUCUGUGGAGGGAACCACGCUGCCACAGAGAGAAUGAUCCAGUUUGGACGGGAGCUGCAGAUCCUGAGCGAGCAGCUUUGCAGAGAGUAUGGGAAGAACACCAUGCACAAAAAGAUGCUUCAGGAUGCCUUUAGCUUGUUAGCUUACUCAGACCCUUGGAACUGCCCCGUUGGCCAACAGCUGGACCCAAUCCAGAGGGAACCUGUGUGUGCUGCUCUCAAUAGUGCUAUUUUGGAAUCUCAGAACCUGCCAAAGCAGCCCCCGCUGAUGCUCGCCCUGGGCCAGGCCUCAGAGUGUUUGCGGCUCAUGGCUCGUGUGGGCCUGGGCUCGUGCUCCUUUGCCAGAGUAGACGAUUAUUUGCACUGACACCCGAGCGGGACGGAGCUGCUGUCGUGGAGUGCUGCCCUUCACCCUCUGUUGCUGCCACUCUGCACCGCCACCUCGUUGGAUAGCCUGACCUCCCUGCCACCGACACCCCUGGAGCACACACACACUGCCUGUGCAAGGAUUGAGUGAGUCCCUCACUGUGUGGCUGUUCCUCCCCCAGGAAGACUGGCAGAUCUGACCCAUCUCCCUGCCUUUGCUGCGGCUCCAGCGGCACUCAGUAUUUCGCUGGUUAUUCUAAUGUAGCGCCUUCUGAUGUAGGGAUUUUUCUCUUUUGUUUUGAUUUGAGUUGUUUCUCAUGGUUCCACCGAUAUUUUAUCUGGAGAGUUUUGCUGAGCUGGUUUAUGCUGAUUUACUGAGGAAGCUCAUCAAGUUGGUGACAGCUUGUUCUUUUCUUCCCUUCUCCCUCCAUCGUGCACAUACAGCAUCAUCCGUGCUAGUAAUCCGAACUCUUCUCACAGUGGCAGUUCAGAGGAAUUUUUUUUUUAUUUUAUUUGAAUCAUGUUUAUUAAAAAGGUCUCUUCCACCUCCACAAAGUCACUGAUGUAUUUAUUGCCCACAGACUCGGUCCCAGCCACACACACCAUACAACCCCUCAGGAGGCCGGGUGAGGUAGGUCCUGUCACACACUAAUGAUGGUAAUUGGAGGAGCCUGGUCCUUCAUGGUGCCUCUCUUCACAGCCCAAGGCUCUCAAUCUUGGCUUUGUGAGUGGGAAGAGUAGAAGAUUGACAUUGCCUGCAUUGGUGGUCGUGCUGUAGAAGCAUCUCACAGCCCUGGGGAAGAGUUAAAUCCAGCUCUCUGGACAGCUGGAGGGACAGGACUGAUGAAUAUGAAGUCAUUUGCCACUGUAUGGGUAGAACUAGAUCAUGUGAGUUGGCCAGAAACAUCCGUGGGUGUUGCCCUGGUGGGCUGACAAUUUUAAUUAAAUAACAAAUCCUCCUUUUCGCCGUGGAGGAGGGCUCUGCCACGACAGUAUUUCCUGCCCUCUCCCACCCCUGUAACAGUGAUCUAAAUGAGCACUUCCAAAUUUUGGAAGUGUCUGGAGAAACUUGGGUUGAGCUGUGCUUGUCCUUGUAGGUGGAGCAAGCUGAGGUCAGGCUGCACUUUGGGGGUCAGUUCCAGCUCUGUCAGGCCUGAGCCAUUCAGAAAGGAGCAGCAAUAUUUCUUUAGGGAUUAUCAAGAUAAUUAUCAAAGUUUCAGGCUCAAAAGAAACCAACAAGGAUCUGUGGGUGAGUAACCUCUGAGUAAAAUGGACUAAUGUACCCAUGCUGUGUGCCAGGCCCAGGGACUUGAGUGCCACCAAGCAUUCAAACCACCUGUGAAUGUUUCUGAGCAUGUUCUGUUACCUGGCCUGGCAGCCUGGCAGCACUGUGUGCUUUGCAUCCUCUGCUGUACCCUUAGGAGAUGGCAGGUUCAGCCUGGCUGCAUGGUCCUCGAGGAGUUGGAAUUCUACACCAAAUUAAUUGUAGGUCAGUAACUGUGGGGAGGACCCAAGGGAACUCAAACCAAGCAUGAUUUUUACAGCUGUUCACAAAUUUAUUUUUUGGAAGGUCAAUGAAUGAUGAACAGGUUUUGUUGAGGUUUGUCUUUAAAAUGGAGGUUAGCCUGUGCCAGGGCUUCAAGCACUGAGGAAUUUUGUGUACCACUGAGAAGGAAAGUAGCAGCAGCCCAAAGCUUUAAGGAUUUUCUGAAUUUGCAGAAUGGAUUUGUAGCUGCCACAUGAUGUCUGAAAUCAAGGCAGAGUGGGGGGGCAGGUGCCAGGGCAGACUGUGGCAGUGGAUGUGCAAAUGGUGUUGGAGGUGGUUGGGAAUUUUAUCCCUGCCUUUUGGUGAAGGUGUGUGCAGUGUGUAGGGGCAGUGCUAGAGCCAUGGUGGUCUAAGAAAACAGGAGGUUUAGAGCUGGAGAAGAUGCUUUUAUCAGAUCACUGCUACAGCUGAAAAAGCAGAGGGAGCUCUACCACAGCCUUUCUUCCAGGGAGACAGAGACAGAGAUUUAACUUGCCAGUCUGGGUCUUCUCUUGCAGCUCAUGUGCCUGAAAAUCUGUUGAUUUUCAAUUCUGCUGUUGGAUCUUAGCCCAGCUUGCUGUCCUUGCCUUGCUGCAAGUGUAGAGAUAACUCCGUGGGCAGGUUUCCUUCCCAAAGCCUCUGCUCCCAGAUGUGCCAAGGCAGCAUGUGAACUCUGCCUGCUGGGAUUCUCCUACAGGUUUUACAUUCCUUAGGCUCAGGCUGACAGCACACUGCUGGGCUGAUUCUGGAUACUGAGGUUGAAAUUCUCCGGGAAUACUCCUUGCUUUGCCUUCCCCAUUUGGCAGCAUAUUCUGCUGUUGGUCAGCACUUUGCAGCAAUUUGGCUGCAGUCAGACCUCUCUCUCAUCUUUGGAGCAACACCAUCUUUAUCUCUUUCUGAGGUUUUUUUUUUUUUUGUGUUCCUUCUCUUUGUGGUUUCUUUAAGCAAAGUCUCUUCAUCAUGUGUCAUAUUAAUGCUCCAUUUGGUCUCUCAGCAAAGCUUUGCUAACUGUCCUGGAGCACCUUUUUUUUUAUUUUGGUUUCGCUACCAAAAAAAAAAAAAAAGAGAUGUUCCUAGAUACCUGGUUAUUUUGGUGCCAAGAAACGUGUGACGGAAGUUAUUUUUGUUUUUUAGAUUUACUUCAAGUGUUCUUGUGGUUUCACCAGUGGUUUCUGCUUCUUGUACUCAGAUGCUGACUAAUGUGGCCAUAACUCAGUAUGGGGAAGAGAAGCAUGUUUGUGGUGUGUGGUGGGAUGUACCAACCUACCCCUGAUUCCUAGAUGGCAUUUCUGAUGUGGUUUUCUCAGGUUGUAUUUCAAAGCUUCUUGCCUUUUUAUCUCCCUGGCUGCCCUUUGAUUGUUCACGUUAGCUGAAACGUGGAUUAUUGCAGUAGUUUCUUCAAACAGAGCUAAAGUGAAAUGGGGUCUAUAACUGAAUGUGGCUUAUACCUAACCAGAGGCUACAUGGCAAUUCAGAAGUUACUUUUAUAAAAAUGAUUUGGGUUUUGUUAUUCCAAGUGCCUCAAGCAACCUGGUCACUACUCCCAAGAGUCCUGUCAGUAAAACCAUGUAAAUGACAGUGGAGCCUGUAGGAGGAACUGCUGGUUUCCCAUUUCUGGUGAGGGGACAAGGACUCAGCUACAGCCCUGUAGUGCUGAUGGCACUGGAUGUAGGACUUCCAUCAUGUGUGGUUGGCUCAGGUCGCUCUCUGCUGGGAUGGCUUCAGAUGCUGGGAGAAGGUUUUGCAUGCAGAGCUCAGCUGGACCCUGCACAAGCAGCAUUUCUCAGCCCCAGGAGAGACUCUCCAGCUGCAUGUCCUCCCCAGGACCUGGGAAAUGCCACUGCUGGGGCAACUGAACCUUUUCCAGCUCUGCUGUGGCUGCUGCACACUCAGAGGGUCUCAGCUGUCCCCUGAUCAGUGUAGAGGCACCACCAAAGAGCUGUGGUCUAGAGGGCAGCAAACACCCUCCAGCUCUGUGCUCUGGACACCCCACCCACCUUUCUGACAUUUGGCACUGCAGUAAAGGCCUUGCAGAAGGAAAACAUUUCACAGGCGCCUGGUGGAACCUGAUUUCAGGUCUGCACAUCCUGGCCUUUGAGUCCAAUACCCUGCCUGUUAAGUGGCCUUUAGAGAGGAGCAUUUUGGGAACUGCAGACCUGGAGCCUUGGUUAAAGUGUCCUUUGGGGGUUCUGUGGAGAGAGUUUCAUGGAGCUGAAUUACAUCACCAGGCCUCUCUCCCCAUGGACAAGGGUUCAUGCUGCCCCCACAAGCUAAGAGUGAGAGCAUCAAGAAUACACUGGGACAACUUUGGAGUGAGAUGCACUGGAGUAGCUGGGAUAAGUGUUUCUUGGAGGAGUAUCCAUCUCAUACACCUGGUACUCCAGCCUGUGUCCAUCUUAGUGGCUCUGCUGGGUGGAUUCCAGUUUGUGGAUAUCUCUCCUUUACCAGGGGAGCCAAAUCUUGUCCCUCUUGGAACCGUCUUGUUCCAGAUGAUUACUCUUGCUGCUCCAUGAGCCUACCCUAGCAAGUAUUUAACCAAAGCUAUUUCAAAACAGGGUUGAGAGGGCUCUUAGUCAAGCUGUCCUGGGAGCAAGACUAUUUCCUGUGCAUCCUCCAGUGUGUUCCUAGAGCUAGCUGGUUUUGGGAAAACUUCUUACUGCUAUCAGCAAUCCUUUCUUGCUUCUCUGUCUCCCACAAUCCCAGUAUUCUCCCAGCUGCAUGACCGCAAUGGUAAUCUGCAGUGCUGGGUGCUGUGGGAGCUGCUCCAAGACCAGGGCCAGCUCUGUGGCUCGUAUCUGUGCCAAGUAUAGAUAUGACAACUCCAGCUGCCCUUCCUGCCUCAUUCUUCCCUGCUGUCAUAAAGGGGCAGCUCCAUAAAGGGGCAGCUCCACAUGUGACAUUUCUUUGUGGCCACCAUGCAGCAUCCUGUCAGCCAGCAGCUGGGCUGGCUGCACCACUUCUGCUGUUCUUUUGGAGUCUUUAGGAGCUCUUGUGUGUGGCCAGCAGAACAGAGACGGACUCCCAGUGAAGCACUGGACAGUACACAGCGUCCAGCCCUUUAGGGGAGAUUGUCCAGUGGAUGCUCUUCCUCAGCCCCAUGUGAACCAAAGUUGCAGCUUGUUGCCUUGGGAUGUGUCAAAGGUGUGUGGUGAAAGAUGGGUGCUACAGCCUGUUUCUAUUUCCAGCAUCUUGGUGGUCCUUGCUGUGCUUCUGCCCACUGGAUUUGGACACUGGGAGGUGGAGCUGUGGCUGACAUGGAGAGUGGGCCACUCUGGGAGUAUCAUUCCUCAUGGUGUCCUACACCUGGGAUCUUCCCAGAUCCUUCCUUCUCAUUUUUCACAGUGACAUCUCAAUCUCUCCUUAAUCCUUGUUUUUCAUGUUUUAUUAAGGUAUUUUUAUCAUUCUCUAAAGAGCUUUGUUCUUGAGGCUGCCUUGAAAAACUGGAGCAACCAGAGCUGCUGGAACUAGUUCUGGGGAUUGAAUGUAUAAUUUUCCACCUUGGGUAUGAGGAAUGAUGAACCAUCUCCUCCUUCAGCAGAGCAAGCCAGGCUGGAUUGCAGCUGUGCUUUGGUACCUGUCUGUGCUAAUACAUAGCACAUGUUGCCUAGACACACAUUUCAGAGUUCUGCUGUUGUGGGAUUGAUAAACAAGGUGACGUUUGGCAGCCAGGCUGUAGAGCAGUGUGUAAGUGCCGUGAAGCUGUGUGGUGCACCACAUGGGAUCAGGAAUUUCUUCCCAUAAAGAAGCAGCGCAGACUUGAACUGUGCUGUGGCAGCAGGUGGAAAGAGAGGUCUCUGAUGCUCCAGUCCUGGGUGCACUGAGGCCCCAUAGAGCUGGUCACAGCCUGGGAGAAGGAACAAGGGCCCCUGGUCCACCCAGGAGUCCUCUUUGGAGAAGGAGCACCUUCCUUCCAGCCCUGCUGGUAUGAGAGCAGCCUCAGUACUGGGGCAGGGAGAGAGCAGGUCUCUUGUAGAGAGCAAAUGAUGGGUCUCCAGCUGCACUAAGGUGUUUCUACAGAAGGACUUGGUGUGGACAUGCCAGGGGACAUGCUGGGAGCUGCUGGACCCUUCUGCCCCAGAGGGAUGAGUGACGGAGGGAACUGCAGUCGAGCAGUUCUUGGUCAGAGCCAGAGCUGGCUGUGAGCCUUGUCCCAUCUGUUGUGUAAGGGCAGAGCUGGAGGAAAUGUUGCUGGGCCUGUGUGAGAGGGGCUACAGCAGAUUUGGGAGGAAAAGGGAGGAGUUGAGAGCCUGGAGGCUUCUUCCAUAGACAGCACUAGCUGCUCUCUACCAUCCUUCCCUGCAACAAGAGGUGACAGUGAUGGAUGAGUGUACCUGGCAUGUCUGGCCCUCUCUCCACAUCCCAAACCAGAGCUCAGAGCCUGCAGCUUGAGCUGGACCAGUGCCUGGCAAGCCAGAGCAUCAUCCAGGCUUGAGGAGCACGUGUCCUGCCAGCUGUUUUAUUUCCAGGAGGGAAGCUUAAAUCUCUCCUGCUCACAGGAAACUCCCAUGUGGAAUUUGUACCCAUGUCACCACUGAAGCAUUCCUGGAGGCCAUGCAACCUUCUGCUCCUUGCUGAAAGUCCCAUGGCCAGGCAGACACCUUUUCUCUGGUCACUCCACUUGGGCCCAGGCUUGUGCUCGGAUGUUUUUGCUCUGGGGGACUUUAGGUGCAUCUUUCCUCUAGAAGGGAGCACAGUGGGAUUUUUUUCAUGCUGGGCUUCUCACAGGCUUAGACUUACAGAAAGGAGAAGCAGCAGCAGCACUGGGGAUAAUCCAGAUUUUAAAGGAAGUUUGAAAACCACAAGUAUGGUGACUUCCAGACCAAGGACUGCACUGGCGCUGGAUUGAGAUCAUGUCCAUCGGUCCCCCCUGUGCAGCCAGGGAGGCAGGAGGAGGCUGUGGCCCCUGAAGCUCUUGCACUCAGCAGUGCAAGGACCUGCCCAGCACACAGUGAACUCUUCUUUCCUGCUGGUUGCUCAAAACUCAGGUAUGAAAUGCUCAGCUGGAGCUCGGGGUGCGAGGUCUCUGCAGGUUUCCUGGCAGCCCUGGAGGAGCAGCCACUGCUGGGCAGAGCUCCCUGUGCCACUCCAGGCUUCUCAUCGCCUUCAGAAGGGAGUUUCACCUCUUUGGUACAACAUUGGCUACGUGGACAUUACACAAACUGUGCACAUUGGUUCAGUCUACGCUUAGUAUUUGUGAAUUAAGUUAUCUGAUGCUUCGCAUGAAAACUUCAAAGAAGGGGCUGGGGAGGGGUGGAUUUUAACUAAGAAAAAGCCUAUGAAAAUAUACUGGAAAUAUGGUAAAGAAAUCGACAUUCUCCUGUAUAUUGACAGAAUUAUUUUUAUUAAAAUACACAUCCAUGUGCAAGA